CCUUGAACCAGCUGCAGCAUUAAGAUCAGAGUAAAGGAUAUCUGAGACUGCAGUGACAACAGAAAGGGAAGAAAAUCUGAAUAAAUGCAUCGUGUACGCUUAUUAGUAUCACUGCGCUGAGGCUUUGAAUAUGUUUUGAUGUGCUGGUAACAAACAGUCUUAAAAUGACAAUUGGAACAAACCAAAGAAGCGCUGUUAAUACUCUGGACCUGCAUGUGUAUUGCCGUCAUCGGAGUGAAGACGUGUGACUGCCUGAUGGACCUGAUGAUCUAGAUUGCAUCAUAUUGUGGAAAAGAAAAAGCUAUUUUUAUGCUGCUGAUGUUGUCGGAGAUGAAUAAGUGUCCAGUCAUACCAAAUGUUGGCUAAUACCAGCCUGGACUCAGCUGGACAGUGUUUUGGACAACCAAAGGCCAGUGCUCUACAGUGGUGGUCUUUAUUCUUUUUUUUUUGCUAUUGUCUAUUGCACCAUACCUUUAGCUGCCACUCAAGUUUACUUUUCGUUUCCGUCUGGGCCAGUUUAAAAGCAACACCAUCGUUGCACAUAAUGAAGCAUGAGUUUUCCCUGAUGCCAAUAUAGAUAUUCCUACAACCCAAUUAGACAUAAAUUCCUGUUUUACCAGGAAUACAACCCACUUCCCUCAGCAGUACCGGACACUGCCAGAGUAACUGAGGGAAGAAGUUAGUCCGAAAGAAAAGAUGAGUGUCGGUGACCUCCAGCACUCAGUGUACAUGCCUGAGAAUGAGCUCAUGGGCAUGGACACCUUUAUUCAUCGCAUUGACUCCACCGAGGUGAUAUACCAGCCUCGACGCAAACGCGCCAAGCUGAUCGGGAAGUACCUGAUGGGUGAUCUUUUGGGGGAAGGCUCGUAUGGCAAAGUAAAGGAGAUGUUGGACUCAGAGACUCUUUGCAGACGAGCUGUCAAGAUCCUUAAGAAGAAGAAACUGAGGAGGAUUCCCAAUGGAGAGGCCAAUGUAAAAAAGGAAAUUCAGCUGCUACGGAGACUACAGCAUAAAAAUGUGAUCCAGUUGGUGGAUGUAUUGUACAAUGAAGAAAAGCAAAAAAUGUAUAUGGUAAUGGAGUACUGCGUUUGUGGCAUGCAGGAAAUGUUGGACAGUGUUCCAGAAAAAAGAUUUCCAGUAUUUCAGGCUCACGGGUACUUUUGCCAGCUUUUGGAUGGCCUUGAAUAUUUACACAGCCAGGGAAUCGUUCACAAAGACAUUAAACCGGGAAAUUUGCUGCUGACCACAGACGGAGCUUUAAAGAUCUCAGACUUGGGUGUAGCAGAGGCUCUGCACCCAUUUGCAGAGGACGACACAUGUCGGACAAGUCAGGGCUCACCGGCGUUUCAGCCUCCUGAGAUCGCUAACGGCUUGGACACAUUUUCAGGGUUUAAAGUGGACAUCUGGUCUGCUGGAGUAACACUAUACAACAUCACAACAAGCCUGUACCCAUUCGAGGGGGAUAACAUUUAUAAGCUAUUCGAGAACAUUGGUAAAGGAGACUACACUAUUCCGGAGGAGUGUGGCCCACUGCUUACUGACCUAUUAAAAGGAAUGCUUGAAUAUGAUCCUGUGAAAAGAUUCUCAAUACAGCAAAUUAGGCAACACAAUUGGGUGAGGAAGAAACACCCACCUUCGGAGCCGCCCGUACCAAUCCCACCCAGUGCAGAGACUCGUGAUGUCUGGAGGAGCAUGACAGUGGUGCCCUACUUGGAAGAUCUUCAUGGUUACGGUGAGGAAGAGGAGGACGACGACAUGUUUGACGGGGAAGACGACAUCAUCUACACUCAGGACUUUACCGUGCCAGGCCAGGUUGGAGAGGAAGAGGAGCAGGAGAUGCUGGAGGAACCUGUUCCAGAGCGAAGUCGUGCCAUGGUGAAACCGGUUUGCGUAAACGGGACUGAACCGGCGGCUCUAAAGCCCAAAUCGGAGCGGCGCUCCAGCUCCUCCUCCAACCCCUCUCGGAAGGGAGUGUCUACGGCUAGCAAGAUCCGCAAACUCUCCACCUGCAAACAGCAAUGACCUCGCCCCCUUGUCACAGCUCCACCCAUCUGUCGCUUUCUCUGUACAGCUUCUUCUGUUUUUGGAUUUCCAGCCAUGAAUUUGCGCCACAGUUUCUGACACAUGCUUUGCCAUGGACUAUGAACCCUAGAGGAAACCAGGACGUGUGAAUAUCAGACUUUUUAAAGGUCUUUUCCCUGGAGAGGAUUAACUGAUCGAGUCAGGGAUGCUGUUACUGAGGAAACUCCUGUAUUCUCCUGCCCUGGAUAUUCACUCUCUUUCUCUUGCACUGUAAAGCAUCAGAGUUAUUGUUUUGGAGUCUCCUUCUCUCUUUCUCCCUUUACAUUCACUCGCUUUUUGCCAACGAUCACCACCCAAAGAGGCGUGGCCAAAUUCCUCUUAUCCCCUUUGUGCCAGGCUGCUGGUGCCCAUCAGAUCUGACCUCAAUAUUUAGUUCUUUAGACGAUGAUUUUAAUUUGACAGUAGUGAACUGCAGUUUAAGGUGUACAUUGAAUUAUAUUAAAAAAUGGCAUAAAUGAUGACAAAAUAUAUCAUUUAUUAUGUAAAAGCCAUGGUGAGAAUGCAAAUGAGUGAUAAUUAUUCCCCUAUGAUAAAAACUGCAUGCUAUGAAGUGCUUUGUUGGAAAAAAAGGGUCUGAACUGUACUGGCAAUGUACGUGGUGCCGACGCCUGCUCAGUGCAGGAAGGUUUGGUUCAAGUUUUGUUUUGUCUUACAUUAGGUUUCUGCUUUUUUUUCUUUCUUUUUUUUUUUUUUUUCCCUUUUUUUCUUUUAAUAAAUAUUUUUUAAUUAUUAUUUAUAUAAAACACCUCCCAACCAAA